CUAGCUCUGCGCGGCCAAGUUCUUUUCUCCUUGGUGGUGGUGCACCUAACGGGGCCUUGGCGAGAAGGAAAAGAACUUCCGCUGUGGAGGGCAGCAUAACGUCCCCCUUCCGCGCGGACCUGGCGAUCCGGGCGCGUUCCGCAGGUAUUGAAAAUGAAAUUGGAGCUGAGAUAAAUUGAUGAGCACAGUUCAUUCUUUGGCUGUUUACCAUCCAUUCUGCACACAUUGGAUAGUCCUCAAAAUAAUUAAACAGCUUCCCAGACGUGGCGUGCUGCCUGGUCAGACCUUGGAAGGCUGUCCUGAGAUUCAUAAGUUACCUUGACGUGUCCUUGGAAUCCCUGAAGAGAGUGAUCACGAAUAUUUCAGGAUCAGACUAACAUGGAUGUUACCAAUUUGUCCCAUGGAGGUCUACUACCUGUGGACCCAGUGUAUAGUCAUGAAGAUGAGACAGAGGAAGAAAGUCCAGUGGCUGAUUGCCUGAGAAAUGAUCAGGAUUCAGUGAGCAUUGAGGAUGUGGCUGUGGAAUUCACCCAGGAGGAGUUGACUUUAGAGGACCCAACUCAGAGAAAAACACAUAAUGAUGUGACAGUGAAGAACUGUAAGAACUUGGCCACAGUAGGAUGUCAGACGCUUAUCAAACCCAGCCCUGCAUCUUCCUUGGAAGAAGAGGAAGAGUUGAUGACCAUGCACACAGGAGUUCUCCAAGAAUUGGAUAUGCAACUAAAAACCAAAGAUUCAGCACUUCAGCAGAAUUUUUUGACUGAACAUACCUCCAGUGAUAUACAACUAGAGUCGGUGACCUUUGAAGAUGUGGCUGUGGACUUUACCCAGGAGGAGUGGACUUCACUGGACCCAACUCAGAGAAACCUUUAUAAAGAUGUGAUGCUGGAGAACUUCCAGAACUUGUCUACAGUAGGACGUCAGCUGUUGAAACCCAGCCUGAUUUCUUGGUUGGAGGAAGAAGUGCAGUUGACAAUAGUAGAACGAGGCAUUCUUCAAGAAUGGGAGAUGCACCUUCAAACCAAAGGGACAGCACUUCAGCAGGAUGUGUUUUGGUCAGAUACAUCAAAUGGGAUACAGCUGGCAAGAAGCCACAAUGGAGAAGAACACUGUGACUCUAAGCAAGUUGGAAAAGUUUUUAGUGAGCACUCAUUCCUUCAGACAUAUGCAAGUACUCCUAAUAAAGAGAACACUUCAGAGUGUAAUACCUAUGGAAAAAACUUCCUUCCAUUGCUCAACAACACCUCUACUGAAGAAAGAUGUUCUAUGUUGAACCAGURUGUAAAACCUUUUACCUUGACUCCAGAUGUUUACCAGAAAAAAUUUACUGAUGAUAAAUCCUUUGAAUGCAGUGACUGUGGGAAAACCUUUGUUAAUGAGACACAUCUUCAGGCACAUAGCAGAAUUCACAAUGGAGAAAAUAUCUACGAAUUGGAACAGUGUGGGAAAACUUCUACUAAUUCCACAAGCCCCGAUGGGUGUGUUGAAAUGCCCACUGUAAAAAAAUACUAUGAAUGUAAGAAAUGUGAAAAAUUCUUUACACAUCCUCUUUACCUUAAUAUUCAUAUGCAAAACCACACUGUGGAGAAACCUUACGACUGUAAGGAAUGUGGGAAAGCCUUCACCAAGCGCUCAAGCUUAAUUGUACAUUUACGAGAACACACUCGUGAAAAGUCCUAUGAGUGCAAGGAAUGUGGGAAAGCCUUCCUUCAACCCUCACGCCUUGCUGAACAUAUGAGAAGUCACACAGGAGAGAAACCCUUUCAGUGUGAACAAUGUGGAAAUGCCUUUGCCUCUUCAUCUUAUCUUACUACACAUUUGAGAACUCACACUGGAGAAAAGCCCUUUGAGUGUGACAUAUGUGGGAAAGCAUUUACACGUUCCUCUUACCUGGUGGGUCACAUACGAACUCACACUGGGGAGAAACCUUAUGAAUGUAAAGUAUGUGGGAAAGCCUUCAGUGGGCGUUCAUGGCUUACUAUACACUUACGAAACCAUACCGGGGAGAAGCCCUAUGGAUGUACAGAGUGUCAGAAAGCCUUCACCAGCUUUGCUCAACUUACUGAACAUACAAAAACUCACACUGGCGAGAAACCCUUUCAGUGUAAGGUAUGUGCAAGAACCUUUAGAAAUUCCUCCUGCCUUAAGACCCACUUUCGAAUUCACACUGGAAUAAAACCCUACAAAUGUAAUUACUGUGGGAAAGACUUCACUGCACGCUCAGGCCUCACUAAGCAUGUACUUACACACAAUGGGGAGAAGCCAUAUGAUUGCAAGGAAUGUGGGAAAGCCUUCAGUACAUCUUCAGCCCUUGUUGAACAUAUAAGAAUUCAUACAGGAGAGAAGCCCUUUGAAUGUUACCACUGUGGUAAAGCCUUGGCUCAUUCCUCAUCUCUUGUUGGACAUUUGAGAACUCACACUGGAGAGAAGCCCUUUGAGUGUAACAUGUGUGAGAAAGCAUUUUCAACUUCAUCCCACCUUCGCAUUCACAUGCGAACUCACACUGGAGAGAAACCUUAUGAAUGUAAGGAAUGUGGGAAAACCUUCCCUGAACGCUCAUGCCUUACUAAGCACUUAAGAACACAUACUGGGGAGAGACCCUAUGAAUGUAAGGAAUGUGGGAAGGCGUUCACUAGCUUUUCUCAACUUAAUGUGCACAUAAAAACUCACAGUAGUGAGAAGCCCUUUCAGUGUAAGGUAUGCACAAAAUCAUUUAGAAAUUCUUCAUCCCUUGAGACCCACUUUCGAAUUCACACUGGAAUAAAACCCUAUAAAUGCAAUUAUUGUGGAAAGGACUUUACUGCACGCUCAGGCCUUACUAUACAUCUACGAAAUCACACUGGGGAGAAAUCAUAUGCAUGCCAGGAAUGUGGGAAAGCCUUCACUACUUCCUCAGGCCUUAUUGCACACAUAAGGAGUCAUAAGGGGGAGAAACCCUUUGAAUGUGACCAUUGUGGGAAAGCCUUUGCUUCUUCCUCGUAUCUUAAUGUACAUUUGAAAAUUCAUACUGGAGAAAAGCUCUUUCAGUGUACAGUGUGUGGAAAAACAUUUACAUGUUCUUCUUACCUUCCGGUCCACAUGCGAACUCACACUGAGGAGAAACCUUAUGAAUGUAAGGAAUGUGGGAAAGCCUUCAAGAAACUCGCUGUGUUCACUACACAUGUGCAAACAUACACUGGGAAAAAAGCCUAUGAGUGUAAGGAAUGUGGGAAAAGUUUUAAAUAUUCUGCCAAUCUUAACAUUCAUAUGCGAACCCAUACAGGAGAGAAACCUUAUCAAUGUAAGGAAUGUGGGAAAGCCUUUUCUAGGUGUUAUCCACUAACUCAGCAUUUAAAAACCCACACUGAAGAAAAGCCCUUUGAAUGUAAGAUUUGUGGGAAAUGUUUUAGAAAUUCUUCAUGCCUUAAUGAUCACUUUCGAGUUCACACAGGAAUAAAACCCUACAAAUGUAAGGACUGUGGCAAAGCUUUCACAGGGCGCUCUGGCCUUAGUAAACACUUACCAACUCACACUGGAGAGAAACCAUAUGAGUGUAAGGAAUGUGAGAAAGCCUUCACUUCAUCCUCAGGCCUUAUCAAACACAUGAAAAGUCACACAGGAGAGAGACCCUUUGAAUGUGACCAUUGCGGGAAAGCUUUUGCUUCUUCUUCAUCCCUAAUUACACAUUUGAGAACACACACUGGAGAAAAGCCCUUUGAAUGUAAGGUAUGUGGGAAAGCAUUUACGUGUUCUUCUUAUCUUCGCAUUCAUAUGCGAACUCACACUGGAGAAAAACCCUAUGUAUGUAAGGAAUGUGGCAGAGCCUUCACUGAGCGCACAAGCCUCACUAAACAUUUACGAACACACACUGGAGAGAACCCCUUUGAGUGUGACAUGUGUGGGAAAGCGUUUGCAUGUUCCUCCUAUCUUCACAAUCAUGUGCGAACUCACACGGGAGAGAAACCUUAUGUAUGUAAGGAAUGUGGGAAAGCCUUCACUGUUUCCUCACACCUAAGUAAACAUGUAAGAAUUCACACAGGAGAGAAACCCCAUAAAUGUGAGGCAUGUGGGAAAGCCUUCACUGUGCGCUCAGGUCUCACUAAACACGUACGAACUCACACUGGGGAGAAGCCCUAUGAUUGUAAGGAAUGUGGGAAAGCCUUCACUACAUCCUCAGGCCUCAUUGAACAUAUAAGAAGCCACACAGGAGAGAAACCCUACGAAUGUGACCAAUGUGGGAAAGCCUUUGCUUCCUCCUCAUAUCUUAUUGCACAUUUAAGAAUCCAUACUGGAGAGAAGCCCUUUGAAUGUAAUAUGUGUGGGAAAGCAUUUACGUGUUCCUCCUACCUUCACAUUCACAUGCGAACUCACACUGGAGAGAAACCUUAUGUAUGUAAGCAAUGUGGGAAAGCCUUCAUAAGUUCUUCGUAUCUUACAGUACAUACAAGAACUCACACUGGAGAGAAACCGUAUGAAUGCAAAGAAUGUGGGAAAGCCUUUACUGUUUACUCACACCUAAGUAAGCAUGUGAGAAUUCACAGUGGAGCAAAACCCUAUAAAUGUAAGGAUUAUGGGAUGGCCUUUAGUAGUUCUUCUCAUCUUACUGAGCAUAGAAACACUGGCGAGAAACCCUUUGGAUGUGAGGAACGAGGAAACUGCUUUAGGAAGCCCUCUUGCCUUAGUAAUACAUUCAGAUUCACAGUGGCAAGAAACCUUAUCAAUGUAAGCCAUGUAUAAAGUAUUUAUCUGUCACAGUUCACAUCAAAGUCCUGGAAGAACUCACAUUCCAAGCUGCCCCAUGAUCUUAAGAAGUGUGGGGAAGUCAUCAGAAGCUGCUCACAAUCCAAC